AUGGCCGACUGUCCGCGUUCAGCCACCGUGACCCAAGCAGGGUACGUACCUUUCUCCGGUACCUCGCUUGAGGUGGCAGCAACGUCAUACUCUGUGCAUCGAUUUCUUCCAAUUCCAAGCUCUGGCGCCAUUCCUCCCACCGAUUUAAAGACGGUCGUCACUCACGAUCCCGCUCGUUCUCGGCUUCCUCUGCCCUUUAUGCGAUAACACACCCUCCGAAUUCCCUUCCAUACACUAAAAACCAUCGCGAUGGACACGCCACCAGCAGCAAACCUGCGGUCAAAGACCAGGCGGGCACUUGACGACCUCAACGGUGCAACGACGUCGCCGCCCUCGACACCCCUCAAGACGACGCGAAACAGCCCCUAUCUGCCCACGCCAAUCGAGACGAUCGUGUUGGCCGCUUUCCCCGUCAUUCUCUUCUUCGGCACCGUCUUCUCGCUUCUCUCUCCCGACGUCCGCUCGUCGACCUACGACCCCGCAGCACAAGCCCACGCACAAGACUCUGCGCCGUCGUACUUUGCGCAAAAGUCAAACCUAUUCAACGUCAUCUUCGUCAAGCGAGGCUGGUUCUGGAUCACGGCAGCCUUCUUCGGCUUCAUCCUUACACACCCCGCGACUGCACAAGCGACCGCGCGCGUACAGGGCACAUUGCGUUGGGCGCUGGUCACGAGCUGGUGGUUCUUUGUCACACAAUGGUUCUUCGGCCCGGCCAUUAUUGAUCGUGGCUUCCGUUGGACGGGUGGAAAGUGCGAGAUGAUUGAAGAGAAGGUCGAGAUGGGCGAAGGAGAUGCCAAGGAGGUCUUCACCGCGGUCGCAUGUAAGGCAUCUGGCGGACGCUGGCGCGGCGGCCACGACAUCUCUGGACAUGUCUUCCUCCUGGUUCUCGGCACUGGCUUCUUAUUGUCCGAGGUUGGAUGGGUGGUGAUGCGCUGGAGAGGCUCAAGGAGAGAAGAGCGCAGCGUUGUGAUGACGGACGGCGCUACAAAGACUGCAACGGUCGAGGCACAGGGUUUAAAGGGAGAACCUAUCUCUGGAGAUGCUUUGGGCUUGGGUGGCAAGUUUGCCGCUGCCAUUAUCAUGCUGAGCUCUUGGAUGCUCCUGAUGACUGCCAUCUACUUCCACACGUGGUUUGAAAAGGUCACCGGUCUCAUUACCGCUCUUACCGCGUUGUAUGGCGUAUACGUUCUCCCUCGGUUCGUCCCUGUUAUACGACAAGUCGUCGGUCUGCCUGGCAUAUAGGCCAGCCGGGAUAUCACAUAGAAGAAAAUCAGUCGAAAACGGGCAUUUACGCCUCAAUAAUAAAAGAAACAUACAUUCCACUCGAAAUGAAUUGCAAUACUCCCAGAGCCGGAGCGAACCACACCAUUCCGACCACUCAAUAAUCCGUUC